AUGGUCACUGCCAAGAACGAUUCAAAGGUUGUCACACGAAACUCCUCGCAAUUCCAGGUGAUCUCAACCAAGUCAGCCAAACACGAUGACAAGGAAGUUGAACCAAAGGUUCCAAGACUAUCAAACCUCCAAGAACAAAAAACGCUUCAACAAAGACCGAAACGGAAUGUAAGACAGCCAGCAAGGUUCGCAGACUAUUUAAAUUAUGAACUAAUGUGAACCAAAUGACAGUUCGGACAAUAUCACUGUCUACAGAUAUUAGUCGAAGGAACAGUGACUUGGACAUGUUAAUGUUUAUAUUAAUAGAUGGAACUAUCAUCUGACAAAGGGAGGGAUGUAAUAUAGUUAAUAAGCUCAUUGUUGUUCUGUUGCCUUGGCGCGCAGGUGGACCGCGUGCGAGGUCUGAGACUAAGGGUAAUUGGCGCCAAUAGUUCUAGUUUGCAUGUGUGUGUAUACAGAAUAGGUUAUUAAAAAAAGUGUUCAACGUACUACAACAUUACAGCGAGGACAUGUGAGGCAAGCAGGGUGUAUCAGCUUACAGAAAACACACCUCUUCCUUUACAGAAGGCUGUGCUAACAGUUUCUCCCAACAAGAAACAGCUGAUGUCUAUAAUUUGCAACAACAUUAUCAACGAUGAAGCAUUCCAUAUUCAACAUACUAUGGGGAAGAAGCUGGUUAUCAUAGGUAGCGACGCGAAGAUGUCCCAACCGAGAUCCACAAAGGGCUUGUCAUUGCAAGGAAAGACAUUGCAACAUCUCACGAAGAAGCAGAUAACAUCAUUGUACAACAAGCUAUCAUGUGUGGAAAAGACGAGCAAUCUGGUGCUACAGUUGUUGUUGCAGAUGACACAGAUGUGUUUAUUCUGCUCCUGUAUCAUUCUUGGAACGAACGUCUUACCUGCCCAAUGUUUAGGAUCUGACCGAUUCAGCAAAGAUCACUUAUCGACAUUAAGACCACUGUACAAGCCCACCGUACCAUCAUACCUGGUUUACAAGCAGCCCAUGCGGUAUCCGGUGGUGACACUGUACCUACAUACUUCGGAAUUGGCAAGGGAACUGUCUUGAAGAAUCUUAUUGCUGCUCCCAACUCGUUGUCGCUGUUGGGAUGUUCAGAUGCGCCACUUCCUGAUGUGGUUGACCAGGCAACAAAAUUUAUCAGUGCUUGCUACAGCAAAACAGUUCAUGAAAAGACGAUGUCCGAUGUCAGAUACAAGAUCUGGACAACGAAGUUUGGAAAUACUGCGACUUCAGUCCCAAAGAUACAAGCACUGCCACCUAUCACAGAAGCAUUUGUAGAGAACGUGAAGAGAGCCCACCCUCAGACCGUUAUUUGGAAAGCAGCACUGACCCUAGAUCCGCCUACUCUUGAUCCAGUCGAAUACGGAUAUGUGAGACAUGAGCCUUCCAAGUCAUUGCUUCCAACAACUGUACCAGACGGUGUUACAUUGGCGCCAGAUGAUAUAAUGUCUCUGAUCAAGUGCAACUGUGAAG